UAAAACAGAUACUUCAAGAAAAAUGGUUGAAGGCAAAGAAUAUGUUUACAUUAAUGGUCGUUGAGAGCCCAAGGCCUGAGUUGGAAAAGCAAGCCCAAGAACAUUGGCCAAAGGAUGAGCUGAAAGCGAAUUAG